CCCACUGCCAACCAGAAGUCAACCUGCGAGGUCCUCCACUACUGCUGCUGCUGCUGCUGCUACUGCUGCGUCUUGCGUCUGCGUCUGCAUCUCCAUCCUGACACAUCAAUACCAACUUCACCACCUCACCUGCAACCACUGUCCCGUCACUGCCACUACCCAACUUGCUGCCACCAUCUUCGACACUUGCUGCGACUUAGCCGCCAUACCAUCACGCUCUUCAUCAGUCAUCUCAGCUCUGCCAUUCUUCUGGCCAUCUCAACCAUCAGUCACCCACCUCUGGCCCCAAGGCUCAUCACUCCCGCCCCAUCUACGUCUGUCGUUGAUUUACCCGUUCGCUUACCAUCCCAUCCCGGCAACAACACAACUUUCUCUCUCCCUCCCUCAAUCUCGCCAUUUCUAUCUCGUCGUCAUCUCCCACCCAUCAACUUGAUGGCAAUUCUUCUUCGCCACGCCCUCUGAGUCUUCUGCCCGUCUGUUCUACUCUACUCGUCCCUCCCCACAAUGGGCUUCGUCGCAAUAUGCACCGCCCUCUACGCAUACCAGCCCCAGAGCGCCGGAGAGCUCGAGAUUCACGAGGGAGAGCUUCUGUACAUCUUGGAAAAAAGCACAGAGGAUGAUUGGUGGAAGGCCAAGAAAAAAGCCCAAGGAGAAGACGAUGACGAGCCCGAGGGCCUAAUUCCAAACAACUAUGUUCAGGAUGCAAAACCCUCCCAUGCCGCCAAAGCUCUCUACGACUACACCCGCCAGACUGACGAAGAGGUCUCUUUCACCGAGGAUGCCACUCUCUCAGUUUACGAUACUUCAGAUCCUGAUUGGACUCUGAUCGGCGUCAAUGGCGAGUUUGGCUUCGCCCCUGCCAACUACAUCGAACUAUCCUCCCUCCCUCCUCAGUCCCCCGAUGACGCCUCUCCUUCACAAUCCUAUAUCGCUGCUCCCGCAGUCCGCACCCCGACGAGUCCCACUUCACCAACCAGAUCCGUCUCAGGCCCAGCUGCCGACCUCGCACGAGUCCUUGGAGCUACUACCAGCAGUCGCAGCGCAAUAGCCGCCAAUCCACCGCCCCGGGAGCAAGACACCCCAGAUGCCUCAGACGACGAGGGUGCCCCACCAGAUCUCCCACGCAGACCAAAUUCAGACCUCGUCUCUCCCCCUGCUCCAAUCCAACCUCCAUCGCGCCAUGAGGACAUACCCGGCAUCAUGCCCUCCCCUCCCUAUAACCGCGCCACGUCCCAUCGCGACGACGACCACCCGCUCCACCUCCAGACCCCUUCUGGCUAUCAUUUGUACAAUAUCAAUGAGAUGGUCUCCGCCAUGGGCCGGCGGAAAAAGAUGCCAACCACCCUCGGUGUCAACAUUGCGACCGGCGUCAUCAUGCUGUCACCCGAAAAGUCAAGAGAUGGACCGUCUCAGGAAUGGACUGCCGAUAAAAUGACACAUUAUUCCAUCGAGGGUAAGCACGUUUUCAUCGAAUUAGUCCGUCCAAGUAAAAGUUUAGAUCUUCAUGCUGGUGCCAAAGACACCGCAGAAGAGAUUGUGAGAGCUCUAGGCGAGAUUGCCGGCGCUCAUCGCGCAGAAGGCAUUCGAGAAGUCAUCGAGGCCGCAUCAGGCGGCGGUCACAAGAAGGGCCAGGUUCUCUAUGAUUUCAUGGCUCAAGGCGACGAUGAGGUCACCGUCGGUGUGGGCGAUGAAGUCAUGAUUCUCGACGACACCAAGUCCGAAGAGUGGUGGAACGUGCGGCGUCUGAAGAAUGGUGCUGAAGGUGUUGUCCCCAGUAUCUACAUCGAAGUCACCGGUGUGGUUGCCGCGGAGCCGCCUUCUAGAACCGGAAUCAACGCUGGCCGAUCAGCGGUCGAGCAAAAUCGCCUCGAGGAAGAGAGGCUAGCCAGAGAAGCUGCAAGAGCCGAUCGAGCCCGACAAGAUGCAGAACACAGUCGCGCUCGCUCUCGCUCCGAAGUCGGUCCAGGCGUCCAGCUACCCGAACGAGGGAGCAGUCUGGCCGACGAGUCUUCCCAGCGGAAGCAUGGCAAAGACAAGGAUGAUCGAAGGAAGAGCAGAUCCAAACCCGACCUGAGCAAGGUGAGGACGUGGACGGAUCAUUCGGGUACCUUCAAAGUCGAGGCUCAAUUUCUAGGGGUCGCCGACGGUAAGAUUCAUCUACACAAGGUCAACGGCAUCAAGAUUGCUGUUCCUGUGACGAAAAUGUCGCCAGAAGACCUUGCAUACGUCGAGAAGGUAACCAACGAACCGAUUGAGGAUCACAUACCAGUCGCUGAUUUGAUAAAGAUGAAACGGAAGAGCCAGUCGGGACAAUCAUCCGCGCGCGCGGGAGCAACGAUAGAACCGCGAGCACCCGAACAAUCCAAGACACCCGAUUACGAUUGGUUCGACUUCUUUUUGAAGGCCGGCGUUGGUCCGCACCAGUGUGAGCGUUAUGCCCAGGCCAUGAUUAAAGAUUCCAUGGACGAGAGUAUCCUGCCCGACAUUACCACCGACACCCUGAGAACACUCGGUCUGAGAGAAGGUGACGCACUGAGGGUGAUGAAGUAUCUUGACCAACUUCAUGGCCGGACCAAAGGUGCUGCCAAUGGAGUCAACGGCGCUGCCCCCGCCGCCGGCAUCUUUUCAGGAGAAGGUGGCGCUUUGCACAACAAUACCCGCCGGGGUAGACCUGAUGCAAAUCGCCAGGUUGGAGAUGUUGUAGACGCUGAUGCCCUCAACCAGAAAUCCCCCACAGAAGAUAAGCCACCAGAAGGGGCAAAGGCGACGCCGCUCACCCAGGCUCCCGCCCGCGAGCCGCAAUCUGGCUUUGACGACGAUGCUUGGACAGUGAAACCGUCGGCCAACGCUCCAGCAGCUGCAAAGCCUCAAUCACCACCAGCGGUUGCUCCAGCUCCCAAGCCCCUAACUGGCGCUGCCGCCGAUCUCAAUUCCUUGCUCGAUCCCCCGCUCAUUCCAACUCCGGCACCACCACCACAACAACAACUCUCGCCUCAACCGCCUCAGCCUACCCAGCUUCCCCCGCAGUCUGCCACGUCGCCCGCUCCUGGACCAGGUCUUGCGCAGCAGCCCCAACAAACUGGAGCAAAUCCACAAUUCUUUGCCCAGAUCCCACCUCAAGCCACAGGGUAUCCCAAUCCGCAGCUGAACUUGCCUCGACAGAGACCGCAAGCUCCUCAGCAAAGCUUUACGGGGGCUGGCCUGCUACCUCCUCCACCUCGUCCCACGUCUGCUCCACAAAACCCAAGCCAAUUCGGCCAACAACCUCUCCAGCCCCAACUCACGGGCAUUCCACGCACUGCUGCGCUUCAAACCGCGCCUGGGCAAAGCCUGAACGAUUUGAACCAGCAACGGAUGCAGCAGCAAUAUCAGCAGAUGUCACUGCAGCCUCAACCCACUGGGUUUGUCCCCCAAAGCCAAUUUGGCCAAUACGGCCUUGCAGCCCAGCAGACUGGUUUCCCGCAGCAGCAACAGUUUGGACAGUUCCAGCAACAACCGUAUCUUAAUGGGAACGCUGCUGGAAGUCCAUUUGCUGAUCCACGAACGUCAUUCCAACCGCAGCCGACCGGUAUCCCUUUCCAGCAAAGUCCGCCGCCCGGUGGGCUCAAUACGGUGCUCCCUCCUGCACUCCAACCACAAAGGACAAGCUUCUCUUCUCCAUUACAACAAAGCCAGACCAAUGGAUUUCAGCAGCCGUUCCAAGCACAGGGCAAUUUCCCACCACAGCAGACACUCCAACCGCAGCAGACGGGUUUCCCACAACCCAUGCAACCCAUGCAACCCAUGCAAACUGGUUUCGGGCAAAUGCCUCAAUCGAAUGGCUUCGGGGGCUUUCAAGCUCCACCAGUUCCUCCAAUCCCUCAACAGGUGCCUACACCAGCUCCUCUUCAACCACAAAAGACCGGCCCUGCACCACCAGUCAAAUUUGGCGUUACUGACGCUAAGAAACUCGUGGCUCAGCCAACUGGAAGACGGGCCAAUCUCGCCAAUGCUACUGCCAAUAAUCCGUUUGGCUUCUAGACAAGAAAGAGGGCCUUGUCGAUGUCGAGGGUGAGGUUCCGGGUAUGAAUAUGCAUGGUAGAUAUGGAUUGCAAACUCAACGGGGCUGGACAAAGAACGACCCCAAAGUUGCCGAUGGAGUUAGCAAGAGAGACCUACCGAUUCUGAGAGUAAUGCUUCUCAUCUGGGUCUAGGGUUGGCAUUCAUGUGACGCGCUGGGCAAUUUCAGAGAUGAUCAUAGCGACAGCAUUUUUGGGGGUACCGAGACCAAAGACCAAGACAGAGGUGAGUAUGGUACUGAAGCUUGAAGUAUGAUACGAUGGCCAAACUCCCUGGCUAUCGAUCAAUGGCGGUGGAGGAUGCCGCUCCAAGUCAACUAUUUGAUUUUGAUUCUAUGUGUAGCGUUUGGAGCUGGGCCAUGUCGAGCAUAAGAGCUCGGCCUGUUUAAGGAGCCAGUUGAGGUGUAAGUAGGAGGCCAGAGGCAUUCGACGGAAGGGCGAUAGUAGGAUAGCUAGGUAUAUACAUAUAUUGCAGAUGAUGGCGCUGUUUGAAAGUGAGCAGAU